AGUUUAGACCAAUUUUAUAGGUUUAUUAAAUAAAUGUGCAGCUAAUUGUUAGGACAACUUAACGAAUGUGUAUAACUGGGUCUGUGCCUUUACUGACAGGAUUGUGCCACGCGAUGGGGCUCCAAACAAAAAAUGGUGGACAGGAUAUUGGAGCAAGCACAAGCCAUCAAAAGAGUGCUUGCGCAGGACAGAAGCCGCCGACCACUGCCCCAGCUGACAUGGCAGGACAUAAGUGUCUUGGAAUCGGUAAACAAGGCGCUGAAGCCAGUGGCGGACUUCACCGACAUUCUCUCCGGAGAAAAAUAUGUCACCGUGUCCUCCCUGGUACCCAUGCUGGGCCAUCUCGAAGGCGUGCUUGAGAGAUGCGAGGAGGAUACUGAGCUGACGGCGAACCUGAAGCGCGUUGUCAUGGAACAGAUGGAGCGCAGAUAUGAAGAGCCCACCCAGCGGAUGCUGCGCAAAGCAACAUUCCUUGACCCCAGAUACAGAGGCGACCACAUGAGCCCCCCACUACUUGACUCUACAAAAUCUGACCUGAUCGAAGAGCUCGUGGCUGACAACACAACACAACACAACGCAACACAAGAAGGCCCGACACAUGGCGGAGAAGAGGGAGCGGGAGAAAGUGCCGCGGCAGCACCCAAAAAAAAGAAGGCGUCUUUGGGGAGUCUUUUAGGGAAAAGGGGGACCAGAGAGAUCACGCUCACUGACGAGCAAAGAGCUAUGGCAGAAAUCGCCAUUUACCUGCAGGAAAGCGCUAUCGACGGGGAAGAGGAUCCGCUGAAAUGGUGGGCAAAUAACCAGAACAGGUUUCCUUUGAUGGCAAAAAUCGCCAAGAAGUAUCUAUGCAUAUGCGCUACCAGCACGCCUUCCGAAAGAGUGUUCAGCACCGCGGGUAGUGUGGUCACACCAAUCCGCAGCCUAUUAAAGCCUGAUAAGGUGAAUAUGUUGGUUUUUUUGGCCAGAAACAUUGAUAUUUAG